AUGGAGGUUCGAGGAAGAAGAAGCAGAGACAUGAGUCCUGAAAGGGUGAAGAUAUGCACACAGUCCAGGUUGAUAAGACCUGCUUUCAAAAAAGUUCAAGUUGUUUAUUACCUCACCAGAAAUGGCCAGCUUGAGCACCCUCAUUAUUUGGAAGUUACUCAUCUUGCUAAUCAACAACUUCGCCUGAAAGAUGUCAUUGAUCGGCUCACAGUUCUUAGAGGCAAAGCCAUGCCCUCGUUGUAUUCUUGGUCUUGCAAAAGGAGCUACAAAAAUGGUUAUGUGUGGAAUGACUUGGCGGAGAAUGAUAUCAUCUAUCCAUCAGAAGGAGCAGAAUAUGUACUCAAAGGGUCCGAAAUAGUCAGUGAUGGUUGCACAGAAAAAUUUCAACAACUUCGAGUUGGCAGUAGCACACAACAGAAUCAGCAACUUCCUCUUGGGAACGUGCAACAAAGGCCGGGAGUUGUAGAAAUCACGAACUGCCAUCCAAAACGCAGAUCACUAGGCCAUGUUCAUCAUCACAACAAUGAAUACGAGGAUAAUGAUCAAAAUGAAGCUGGUCAAGUAGAAGAAGAAGAGUUGGAUCAUGAAGAAGAAUAUGAAGAAAAGAUUAGCUGCUAUACCACCUCAACUACACCUCAGUAUUCUCGAUGCUCCCGCGGCGUCUCCACCGACGAAAUUCACCACCGACAUCAACGACCACAAAAACAAGAACAAAAGAAGCAAAAGCAAGAAUCUCAAGAAACUAUGAAAAACCCUAGGUCUGAAUUCAUUUUAGAAAAUGAAUCUCCACCGUCGACGACGUCGUCGAGUCUUUCGGACAAAGCCAUGAACGAGACCAGCAACACGUCCAAGAGGUUCGAGGACGGCGACCCGGUUGGAAAUGAGCCGUUACUGAGCCGGAACUCCAUGCUUUUUCAGCUCAUUGCAUGCGGGGGGUCGCUCUCUUUUAGGGGCACUACUAAUGGCAAAAAUGUGCCUGAUUUGAAGCAGCAGCAACAACCACCACCGGCGACAACUACUACGGCGGCGACCCCUGCUGGGGCUAGGAGGAGUAACUGUAGUGAUCUGCAUAAAGGGGUGUUGUGCAAAAGUGCUGCGGCGGGGUAUAAGGCGGCGGCGGCUAUGGAGGAGGAGGAUGAGAUAAAGUACAUGUCUGAGAAUCCGAGGUUUGGGAAUUUGCAGGCUGAGGAGAAAGAGUAUUUCAGUGGGAGCAUUGUUGAAUCAAUGGCUACCGAUGACAGGGCUCAGGUUGAACCCUCAAGCUUGAAGAAAUCAUCUUCCUAUAAUGAGGAAAGGAGCUCGAAAUUAGCUACAGAGGAGGCAGAAGCAACCGAGGAAGAGAGAAGAGAGAAAGCUUUGAAAGGGAAAUGCAUCCCAAGAAAAAGGUCUUCUUCUAAACAGGCCAAGAAAUGA